AUGGCUACAGUAAGAAUAACUGAAAUUUUCAAUGAAUUUUUUCUAUGUACAAUACUUAUAUUUAAAUAUACACUUUCAACAGCAGAUGGUUUUGAAGUUGCUUUAAUUAAUUACGGUGCAACUAUUCAAUCCAUUCGACAACCAGAUAAACAAAAUAAAGUCACAGAAAUUACACUUGGUUAUGAUACUCUUCAAGAAUAUAUUGAUGAUACAUAUUUUUUUGGUUGUACAGUUGGUCGAGUAACAAAUCGAAUAAAAAACGGUCGUUUUGAAUUAGAUGGAACUACUUAUGAAUUAUCUAAGAAUGAUGGUACAAAAAAACAUUAUUUACAUGGUAGUUUUAAUAAACGUGUAUGGGAUAGUUCAACAGAAAAUGAUGAUACUGUUGUCUUUAAAUACCGAAGUCCACAUGGUGAAGAUGGAUUUCCAGGAGAAGUUGAUGUUAUCGUCAAAUAUGUACUGACAAGUGAUCAUAGACUAACACUUGAUUUUCAUGCAACGACAAAAAAACCAACACCAAUAAAUAUGACAAAUCAUGUUUAUUUUAAUCUUGCUGGACAUUCAAAUGGAUCUAUACUUGAUCAUCAACUAAUCGUACCAGCUAGUAAAUUCCUUCCAGCAGAUGAAGAAUUUAUUACUACAGGAGAAAUAAGAUCAGUAGAGAAUACUUCAUAUGAUUUUCAAACAUUAACACGUAUUAGUGAUCGUAUUAAUGUAUCAGUUGAUGGUUACGCUAUGAUGUUUAUCAUUGAUGGUGAAGGAAAGCGUCCAUUUGGCAAACUUGUUCAUGAGCCAAGCGGUCGAGCAAUAACUGUUGAAUCAACACAAAAAGGUCUUCAAUUUUAUACAGGAGAUUUUCUUGAUGGUAGCAAAGGACAUGAUGGAGUAGCAUAUAAAAAGCAUGGCGCAUUGUGUUUAGAAACUCAGAAUUUUAAUGAUAGUGUCAAUAAUCAACCUUUAUUUCCAAGUAUUAUUCUUCGUCCUGGUGAAGAAUAUCAUGAACAAACAACUUUUCAUUUUCAUUUGGAAUAA